AUGAGAUGGAGCAGUUCGAGUGGUUUUGCACUUACACAACUCUCAAUGUACUUUGGUUUCAUGAAGCCAUCUCUGUUUUCCGUUAUCUUGUUCAUGAUGCAUUACUAUCAAACUUAUGUUGUUGUUGGGACAAUGAUGCUGAUGAAAUCUUUUGAGAUUUUGAUAGUAACAUUGCUUGAUGACUUGAGAUUUGACUUACAGACAAUUUUAAAAGAUAAAAAUGUUAUCGAUUGGAAUAUUUUAAUAACGAAAUUGGUAAACUAUCAGAAUAUAUUUAAAGUAAGUAAUGAAUUCAACGAUGUAUUUGGAUUACAACUGACAUUAGUGACAGUUUCAGUCAUAGUUAACUUUACUCUUCAAAUUUAUGAUUCACUUCAGACUGUGCUGAUAACUUCAAGCUUUGGUGUUUUGGCUACAUCAUUUUUCAGUGCUUUUCCUGGCUUGAUUUAUUUAUUCUUUUUAUUAACAAGUUCUGGAGAAAAUUUUGAAAGAGAAGACAGAAAGCUUAUGAAUGAUUUACUUCUUUACCACAAAAGUAACAAAAAUACGUCAGGUGCUUUACAUAAAUAA